AUGCUCGCAGGCAGUGUGAUAGCAGUGGAGGCAAUCAACAGCGACCCCUCUAUCCUCCCACAUCACCGUCUGCACCUUGCCACGGCCAACUACUCCAUGACUGCUCCCAUCGCCAGCAUGAUGGCCGGUGAGAGAGGGAUGCGUGGAUGCAUGGUGGCAGUGGAGGCAAUCAACAGCGACCCCUUUAUCCUCCCACAUCACCAUCUGUGCCUUGCCACGGCCAGCUACUCCAUGACUGCUCCCAUCGCCAGCAUGAUGGCCGGUGAGAGAGGGAUGCGUGGAUGCAUGGUGGCAGUGGAGGCAAUCAACAGCGACCCCUUUAUCCUCCCACAUCACCAUCUGUGCCUUGCCACGGCCAGCUACUCCAUGACUGCUCCCAUCGCCAGCAUGAUGGCCGCCUACAGCCUGGUGAGGCAGCGGCCAGUGGCAGUGAUAGGGCCACACACAUCAGAACAGGCAGCACUCGUAAGCCCCUUCGCCACGGCCACUCAAGUGCCCUUCGUGUCUGCCUCGGCCACCGACGCACAGCUCACAGUGGGCGGCACCAGGCCCUUCUUCAUGCGCACCGUUCAGGACGACGGCCACCAGAUGCGCGCCAUUGCUGACAUUCUGGCAAUAUACCAGUGGAGGGCAUUUAUUGCCAUUCACAGCGACGACCGCUAUGGAGGCAAUGGCAUCACCGCACUGGAAGCAUGUGUGCUCAGCCUGAACCAAGGCAUCAGCAUGGCUCAUCGCGUGGCCAUCACUCCAGGGAGCACAGCAGCAGAGGUGGAGCAGCAUCUGCAGCUUCUACUAGAGGUGGACACGGCUGUGUAUGUGCUGCACGCGUCCGCUGCUGUUGCCACGAGCGUCAUCCUGGCAGCGAAUAGGUUGGGUCUGUUCUCUGCCAACAACGUGUGGAUUGCAACAGAAGGGAGUGCACUGCUCACUGGCUCUGCCCUGCACUACGCUCAGAUGCCUAUGGCCUAUGCACUGGCUUCCCACGAUGCAGUCUACCUCAUCGCUCACGCUCUACACUCGAUCCUCUAUAACAGCAGCCCCGCCAGCAGGAGCAACUCGCCAUCUUCUAACACCGCUACCAACAACACAGAACCGCACAGCAACGUCACGGCUCUACUUGACUCACCCUGGCCACGCCUCCUGGCCGCCAUGCUGCGAGCAGCCAUGCUGCAAGCCACGUUUGAGGGCGCGUCAGACACCAUCUUGCGGCCCCCCUGGGGAUGGAUUAUAAUGGGCCCCAUGCUGCGAGAAGCCAUGCUGAGAAGGACAUUCGUUGGCGCAUCAGGGACUAUCUCUCUGUCCCCCUGGGGCGACCAGCAGAACAACCUCACUCGCAUCCUCAACAUCCACAGCCAAGCCACUGACCAGUCACCUCAGUCAACUCAGUCAACAAAGUCAGCAGAGUCAACACCGUUCACUACGGAUGCCGCUGGUUCAGUGACUGGGUUAUUGAGCCUGCGAGGGAACGUGGAGGUGGUGCCUGUGGGGUACUGGUCUCCCUCGCGCCGCCUCUAUCAAACAGCAGCUGCUUUGGCUCCCACAGGAGCCUUUCCGAAACGGCGAGUUCGUAUCGCGGUGCCAAAGAAGCUGGUAAGUAAGAUCCACCUGCAAUUCGUCAAUAUCUCUGCAGACAAGUCGCUGCGCAGCGUGCGUUUAUUGAGCUUCCUCGAAAUCUUUCGGUGCAUGUGCCCCUUCAUGCCUCCUCCCCCAAAUCUACCUGCAGACGAGUCGCUGGGCAAUGAGCGGCUCUGGGGCUACCGUAUCUACCUCCAAUUCGCCAAUAUCUCAGCGGACGAGUCGCUGGGCAACGAGCGCUUCUCCGGGUACUGUGUGGACCUGUUCCGCCUGGCUGUGGCCCAUCUCCCUUAUAAGCUCGACUACGAGUUUGUAGAGUACACGGGUGCCCUCAUCAGCUACACCCAGAUGGUGCAGGCUGUACAGAAUAAGGAGUUUGAUGGGGCAGUGGGCGACAUCACAGUGGUUGAUUCGCGGCAACGAAUGGUCUACUUCACCCAAUCCAUCCUUGUAUGUGCGUGUGCCUCGUAUGUGCUUGGGUCGACUCAAAAGGCAUCGUUGGUACUCCAGGGAGAGCAGCGACAUGUGGACGGCGUUUCUGCCCUUCACGCCCUCCAUGUGGGCCACCCUGCUCGGUCUCUCGCUGCUCACAGGCGCGCUUAUGGUGUUCCUCGAGUGGCGGCUGAACGUGCACUUCCAGGCAAAGCUGCACCAGCUCGCCAUCACUGCCGCAUGGUGAGAGGGGAUGCGGUGAGGUGGAGUGAGGUGGAUCUCCCCUCCCUCUCUCUGCUCACAGGCGCGCUCAUGGUGUCUCUCGAGUGGGGGCUGAACCAGGCGUUUGGCCUUCACACUCUCUACUCCGUUAUAGUCUACUCGAUUCGCUCUGUGCUAGCACGAACGGUGCUGGGCAUGUGGCUCAUUCUCGCAUUCCUAUUCCUCGCCUCCUACACCUCCAACCUCACUGCCAUUCUCACCAUUCAGAGGCUCACGCCCACCAUUCUCGACAUCACCACAGCCAUCAACAGCAACGCCGCCAUUGGCUACCAGCAGGCUUCCUUCGUGGCUUCCUACCUGCAGCAGCUGGGGGUCUCUCCGGACAAGCUGGUGACGUUGAGUGGGGAGAGUGAGUAUGCAUCGUCGCUGGCAUCGGGGCGGGUGGCAGUGAUAGUGGAUGAGAAUCCGUACCUUGCUGUCUUCACAUCGCACUUCUGUGACGUCAUGCACGCCCAACAGCCCUUCUCCUCCCUCAACCUCGCCUUUGCUUUCCAGAAGGGCAGUGCCCUGGGCCACGACAUCUCUAAUGCCAUUGGUGCGCUGCGCAUGACACAGGAGGUGGAGAAGCUUCAUGCCAAGUACUUCAGUUCUGAGAGCGUCUGCCCUCAGAAGACCACUGCGGUGCAGUUCGGUAUACAGCGGUUCGGAGGCCUGUACAUCAUCUACCUCGUCGUCUCUACAGCCUGCUGUAUCAUCUAUGUUGCGCUCCUCAUCUACCGCGGUUACCGCUACGUGCGGGAGAAGGGUGUUCAGUCACUAGUGGACAAGGUCAAGAGCUUUGGCAGGGAGCCGCCCGGCGGCAGCACUGAGGAAGGCGUUGACCUGGUUGACUCUGAAGACUCUCUUGGCUCUGACAAGGACCGCUUUGGCCCCCUGCCUGGUUCCCAAAUGAGCAGAGGGAGCACUGGGAGAGGAAGCAGAGGGAGCUUGGAAAGUGGAGAAUUACGGGAGAGCAUUGGUAGUGGGAGCAUGAGAGAGAACAAAAGAGGAAGUAUGAGUGAGAGAGGUAGUGGGAGUUUGAGAGAAAGAAGUAGAGGUAGUAUGAGAGAAAGCAGUAGAGGGAUUAUGAGAGAAAGCAGUAGAGGGAGUAUGAGAGAAAGCAGUAGAGGAAGCAUAAGAGAAACCAAUAGGCAGAGUAUGAGAGAAAUCAGUAGUGGGAGUAUGAGAGAGAGCAGCAGGUGGGCAGCAGUUGAGCAGCCGGCAAGAGAUGAGGAAACAACCAAGUCAGAUGCUCCAUUGCCUCUCCUCUUCUCAACAUCCCCCUUGCUCCGUGCUCGGUCCUUCAUUGCCCCGCUUCACAUCAAUCCAUUCUCCUCUUCCUCCCUGCACUCGUCCCUUGGGGUGCCUCACAACACCAUCACCUCCUCUCCAUCCUCCCUCUCUCAGCCGUCCCCCACUGCUCGAGCAGCCUCCUUACCUUGCUCCAACCCAGCAGCCCUCCACGCACUCCUGAGCAGCAGCCAGUCUUCUGCCCCAGCUGCUCAGAGCUCGUUUAGUGCUUUGAAGCGAGAAAAGGAGCAGGAGCAGCAGCGGCAGCAGCAGCAGCUGAAGGGGCUUCUAAUAGCAGCAUCAGCUGGCCGUCGUGCUCCUGCUGCUGCUCCUGCUCCUGCUCCUGCUCCUACUCCUGCUGCUGCUCCUACUCCUGCUCCUGCUCCUGCUCCUGCUCCUGCUCCUGCUCCUGCUCCUGCUGCUGCUCCUGCUCCUGCUCCUGCUCCUGCUCCUACUCCUGCUCCUGCUCCUGCUCCUGCUGCUGCUCCUGCUCCUGCUACUGCUCCUGCUCCUGCUCCUGCUCCUGCUCCUGCUCCUGCUCCUUCUCCUGCUCCUGCUCCUGCUCCUGCUCCUGCUCCUGCCCCUGUCCCUGCCCCUGCUCCUGCUCCUGCUCCUGUUCCUGCCCCUACCCCUUCUCCUGCCUCUGCCCCUGCUCCUGCCCAUGCCCCUGCCCCUGUUCUUGCUGCUGUUUCAUCAUCCAAAUCAGCAGCAGCGUCCAGCAGCAGACCACCAAGAAUCCCACAGCCCGUCCUCUCCCGUGCAUCAGAGUCAUCCCUGGGCAGCAAGAGAAGGCGAGGAUCUCACGACGGGCAAGAAGAUGAGAGCGCUGCAGAUGGGUUGAGCAGAGAGAGGGCAGCACAUGCCAGUGGAACUUCUCACAGAGAGCCAGUAUCCUACAGAGAUGGGGUGGCUAUUAACGAGCAAGCAGGAGGGAAGGAGGCGGCUGGAGGAGAGGAGCAAGGCAGCAGGGACAAGGAGCAUCUCACACCCUCCCAUUUUGAUACUCACGCCUGCACCAGCCUUGCCACCAGCACUGCUAUCAGCCCGAGCAGAAGCAACCAUUCAAGCCUCGCCUCCCAGCCAAGCAGUGGCACCAACUCAAGCGCAGCCUCUCGGAUGUUGAAACUUCCCAGGCUGACUUCAAUCGUCCCCCGUCUGCCCUCUGCUGAAAACACUUUCCCCACAAACCGCUCUCUGCCCUCCUCUACGGUCCCCACGCGGCCGCCAUUUGAACUCCCCGCUCUGCCGCCCGUGUCCACUCUGCCGGCCUUUUCCAGCCUGCCGUCGCUGGGCUCCAUUGACUUGCCAAGAAUGGAGUCCUUUCACACCAAGGUGGACAGCCUUGUGGAUAAAUUUCACAAGGGCAAGGAAUGGAGCAGGGAGAGGCACCUGUCGGCCUACAACGCUCAACCACAGCAGAGCACCACAGCAUUUGAGUUCCGAUCGGCCUCUGCCUCUUCUGCUCACAGCCUUGCCUCACCUGCCUCUUCUGCUCACAGCCUUGCCUCACCUGCCUCUUCUGCUCACAGCCUUGCCUCACCUGCCUCUUCUGCUCACGGCUUUCCAUCACCUGCAUCUUCGAUCGCCUCUGAAAGCCCAUCAGGGCUGCAACGAAAGGCCGCUCUUUGUGGCACUGCUCGAUCGGACCAGGUGCAGCAUCCAGGAGACCAUCAAGUGCAGGAACAAGCACAAGCAACAUCCCACCUUCCUGCAAGUCCAGUCACCCCACACAGCAACUGCCUCCAAAACCCCCCGCUCAAGCUCACAUUCAUCCCUCUUCGGACCAUCCCAUGCCUCCAACAUCCAUCCCACCUACUCAAGGCCCAAUCGGCAACGCCCUGA